GGUAAGUCAAGUCAAAUAAGAGGACAGCGCAACAGAGUUUGAUUACAAAACAGCGAUGGAAGCUUCCACAAGAAACGAAAAUGGGAAGAAACGCUAUCAUCUUCGUCAGACGUCCCGCGAGGCUCGGAAUAAGCUCGCGGAAUUGGCCAAUUUUGAGGAAGACGUAGAUGAAAUAUGCAGCGACUGCUUUCGGGAUUCGGCGCGGUUACGAAAGUACCCACAUUUGAGGUCAAGUCGGGAUUGUGCUACGGUGAGAGAAAGAAAUCGAAUGCAUAAAUUGAACAGAGCAUUUGAAGAGCUGAGAAAAGUUAUUCCAAAAGAGAGCUACGAUGGAGAAGAGAAACUCUCCAAGAUUGCCACUUUGCGACUAGCUAUUCACUACAUAAAUGUCCUCGAGAAUAUCUUGGAACAGGAUUCGGGCGAUGAGAGUGAAAAAGACGAAGACACCACGAGCAAACGACAACGUUUAAGCGAUGAAGAAACUUCUUCAAACACCAGCAGUACAGAGUUUGAGUCACAAGGUUCUCCCGAGGGAAUUUUCUUUAAUGAAAGUUUUUGGUGCGGUGCUCUGGAAGAAUUUGUCGGCCCUUACUGGGAAGAGGUAUCUCUAACAGAAGCUCUCGAGGUUUACUCAAUCACCAACACAAGUCCGACAUCAUGACAGAUUCUGCACUGACGAAAUCACUUUGUACUUCUGUUACAAUCACGGCAGGCCUUCUAUAAUUUAGAGGCUUAGUUAGAGGAAGGUUUGGUUAGAUAAUAGGCUUUCCGGAAAUAAGCAGUGUGAAGUUUGGGAUAGAUAGAGGGAAAGAUGAAAUGCGAAGAAUAUCCUGCCAAUUCAUUUCUAGUUGACGACAUGCUCGUACCGCUUUUUCGCUUCGUAGCGUAAGGAUUAAAUAUUUUGAAUGCGUGUUUUCUUACCUGAAAUUUUAUUUGGUCAAAAAGAAUAUUAAAUUUUGCGGUAAGCUUAAGAGUUUGUUUGCUACCAUUGGAGAGCGUUUCAUGAUCAAACGGCUUCAUUUUAAAAAUCAUGUCUUGGUAAAGUGGAAAUCUAGACAAAGCGAAAUUUGAUCUUUCGUAGCGGAGCUUUUGCAAGAAAUUUGCCAGCCGACUUCACGAAUCAUGGAGAAGUUCAGCAUUUAGAUUCCACCGAUUUUUAAGUUGUAUUAGAAAAUUGAAUUCGAAUACAGUCAAGGCUGCAAGGAAAGUAAGAUCGAGAUUUUACUUACCUACUGACAAAUUUUCAUGGCUAACAUUUGAGAAGGUCUUACCUUGAAACAGAAUUACUAAGUUUUUAAGUUCCGCAGUAAAUCAGGUAACAAACCAAAUAUUAAUUGUUAGCCAAUUAUUUCAGUCUUUUGACUGUGAAAAUUCAUUGUAUCUUGCUCUGUUAGAGAGAUAAGUUAACUUUUUCCUUGAUAUGAUUGCCACUUAGUAGCUAUUUUCAUUUGUUUCAUUUGUUAUUUCCGGUUCUGUUCUUAAAAUCUUUUAAAGUUGUGUUCAACCUACAUUUCAAAGUUGCUUGUGGUCUUAGAAAUAUUAUAGAGGGAGGGCUUUAAUUCAGGUCAUAGGUAACUAAGUUAAAAAACGUGGAGAGAAUUAUGGAACUGAUCCAUCCAUAAACACUUAAAUAACAAUCACUUUUGAAAAGCAAUGCAUAGCGCAUUGAAAAGAUGCUUUGACAACAGAUAAUUAAUUUCAGUAGAUCUUAAGCAAACCUCAUCAAUGUCUGAAAUAAAACACUGGUUACAGGAA